CGCUGACAAAUUUACCGCCGUCCAAAUUAAUUUACACGACAAUAUGGCGGCCGCUCCGAGAGGAAAUGUCAAAGUUUUAGAAUUAGAUUCGCAGUUUACAGCAGAACUUACAAACGCUGGUACUAAGCUGGUUGUGGCAGAUUUCACUGCAUCUUGGUGUGGUCCAUGCAAAAGUAUUGCACCAGUCUAUUCAGGGCUAAGUGAAAAAUACAAACAGGCUGUGUUUCUCAAGAUUGACGUGGAUGUUUGUCAGGAACUGGCCGCCAAGCAAGGUGUCACAGCAAUGCCAACGUUUCAGUUUUUCAAGAACAAAGUCAAAGUAGAUGAAGUCAGAGGAGCUGACCCCAAAGCGCUUGAGGAUGCAAUAAAGAAGUGGAUCGGCGAUGGAGAAGAGGAUGGUGCGGGAUGUGGAGUGAAAGGCCAUGUUGAUCUCAACUCAUAUAUUAACAAGUCUGGCUGUGAAUGUUUGAAUGAAGAUAAUGAACAUCCACUUAAUGAUGCAUUAACAAAAGGCCCGGGAUUCUUACAAAGUGAUUGUGAUGAACAACUCUUGAUUUCAUUAUCAUUCAACCAGCCUGUCAAGCUUCACUCUAUGAAGUUACAAGCCCCAAAUGAUGGCCAAGCACCUAAAGUCGUGAAGCUUUUCAUCAACCAAACAAAGUCCUUGGAUUUUGAUUCAGCAGAGAACUUUCAAGCAAUACAAACAUUAGAGUUGACCCCUGAAGAUGUUCAAGAGGACGUUAUCAUCCCCCUAAAAUUUGUGAAGCUACAAAAUGUUCUAAACCUAACAUUGUUUGUGAAAUCCAAUCAGGGAAAUGAGGAAUUGUCUGUUAUUAAUUACCUUGGAAUCAUUGGGAGUCCUGUGGAUGCCACAAACAUGCAAGAUUUUAAACGAAUUGCUGGUAAAAAGGGGGAAAGUCACUAACUUUGGCAGCAGGUCUGUGAGGACAUACCACGUGGACAAGAACAGAGUUCUGGUACUUAGUACUGAACAAACCUCUUGAAGCACAAUUCAAUAUGGAUUCUAUAUAUCUGCCAAUGCUUUAAACUUGCUCUGGACUUGAAGUUCAUUUUGUGGAAAGACCCAUUCAGAUGUCUUUGUUAUUGUAAUAAAUUACAAUAAAAAUGUUUUUCAUUUCA